AAUGAACGAACCUAACCACGAGAGAUUAGGGGGCACUUUAUAAAUGCGCGAUCGCCAAGCGGUUCGACCUGAAACGUUUUCGACAGCUUCGAUGAAACGCCUCGACGUUCCUGCUCAAACUGACUUUCUAAGUGUCUGGUGGACGGAUCGAGAACGGAGAAAAGACUGACUGACCAAUUUAUACCGUCCUGGGAACGGAAAUUGGGGAAAUGUACAGUUCAACGGUGACUCAAUACGAGGAGAAGAAAGAGGUGAAUGGAAAGGUGGAAGUGGACGUGGAACCGCUUGCAUUACCGGCGGAGGAAAGCUCAGCUAGCCAACCUAUAAUAUGGCGAAAUGUGAUUGGUAUCAUUGUGCUUCAUUUCCUCCCCGUUUACGGUUUCGUGAACGGCUAUCGAGAUGCCAAGUUCUGGACGUGGAUUUGGAGUAUCGCGUACGGACUGGUGGCUGGUGUGGGAGUAACAGCAGGUGCCCAUCGACUAUGGGCGCACAGAAGUUACUCGGCCAAAGUUCCUCUACGUAUCUUUCUAGCUUACUUGUACUGUAUGGCUGGUCAAACGCAUUUUUACAAGUGGAUCAGGGAUCACAGAACGCAUCACAGGUACACGGAAACCACGGCUGAUCCGCACGAUGCAAGACGCGGAUUCUUCUUCUCUCAUAUCGGUUGGCUGAUGGUUAAACGACACCCGUCCGUCAAGAAAUACGGCAGUAAAAUCGAUAUGACCGACGUCGCUUCGGAUCCUGUGAUAAAGUUCUACGACAAGUAUUACGAGAUCAUUAUGGUUUGGCUGUGCUUCGUUCAACCGAUAUUAUUGCCAGUUUUCAUGUGGGGCGAAACAUGGUUCAUAAGCAUUCACGCGACGCUCAUCCGGUACGUGUGGUCGUUACACGCCACUUUUAUCGUUAACAGUUUCGCUCACAUGUGGGGAAAUCGACCGUAUAACAGGAGGGUGAAGCCUACGGAAAACGCGGCCGUGUCUUUCUUCGCUCUCGGCGAAGGUUGGCACAAUUACCAUCAUUCCUUCCCGUGGGACUACAAGGCUGCCGAGCUCGGGGCUUACAGCUUGAAUCCGACCACCGCGUUCAUAGAACUGAUGGCACGCGUUGGUUUCGCGUACAAUCUGAAAACACCGUCGAAAGUGCUGGUCGAUCGAACGAUCAUGAAAAAAGGGGACGGAACCGACAGCCUUUGGGGACAUCAGAGACACUGAAAUAUCGAUGUCGAUGCUUCAACCUCGUUUCCUCGCUCGACGAGGACCAUCGAAACCGAGAGACGCGACGCGACACGCGUCCAACAAUGAACACACUUCGCUUUUCCAUCGAAAGAACGAUCGUUCAAAAUUUUAUUCACCUUCCCCCUAUCGCGAUUUUUCUUUCUUUCUUUUUUUCUGUGCGCGAGUACGAAUUCCCUCCAUUUUGUUUUCUGUUGUUUUAUGUUUGACCAAGGAUUUACGCGCGUCCCAACAGUUGGUCGAAUAGCUUUUAUUGUUAUCGUUCGAGAUUUAUUUUUGUCCUGUUUUAAGCCACUCGUAUGUGAAUGGCCCGAAGAUAUGCGUGAACACGUUCGAGCACGGUAAACACCCUGUUUGCGCGUGUUCUCGCACUGAACCCAAAUGAAAUGUUUUAUAUACGCGUAGCUUGAUCAACGGUACACAGCGGUCGAUAAAUAUUAAACGUCACAAAAUAA